UGUGAAUGGAUUGCAUUACUUGAAUCUGUUCUUCUGCAGGGAGAUGUUGAACCCGAGGUCGCCGCACAAGGAGUGCCAAAGAAGAGAACAUUCAAGAGGUUCAGUUUCAGAGGUGUCGAUCUCGACGCUUUCUUGGAUAUGUCCACUGAUGAACUCGUCAAGCUCUUCUCUGCCCGUGCUCGCAGAAGGUUUCAACGUGGUUUGACCCGCAAGCCUAUGACACUCAUCAAGAAGCUCCGCAAGGCGGGUUUGAGUUUGACCCGAACAUUGGCUGUCAGGGUGAACAUAGUUUACACUGCCAUGAGGGUUCUCACACCCAAAGCAAACACUACCCUGUAGCUGCCACUCUGAUGAUCGGGUUUGUGUUCUGUUUUGUUUUUUUAAAGGUAAAAUAUUAUUAAUGUAGUUAGUGUGUGUUUGUACUUUUUUUUUCUUUCCUAAUAACAGGUUAUGUUGUUUGUUGAUUUUUGGUUCUUUGAAGGUGAAAAUUUAUGUUAGUUUUUGUUAAUUUUGUAGUAUUUGGUUGGUUUUCUAUUUUUGGAUGUCAACUAAUUGGUCUGUUUUGGUUUAGUGGAUGAUGCUAAAUUGAUAUCUGAGAAAUAAAAAACAAGACGGUUAAAAAGUAGCUUCGCUUUAACUUAAUGCGGGUUCGGUAAUCCAAACCAUUCUCAGCGAAACUAAACUUGUUGAGUAAUCUUGUUGAAACGUAAACUUGCGGCCAAUCACUACCAAGUCCCAAACUUAAUGUGACUCUGCAGAAGGAAUAGAUAAGUUUAUGUUGUUAUCGAUAGAGAUUAAUUUAUGUGUCAUGUAUAUCUUCAUGAAAUCUCCUUAUAUUCAUAAAAAAUAAACAAGGCACAUGGCCAAUUGAACGUGGCAAUGAAAAGAAUAUAGUAUUCUCAUGGUUAGUGCAAGAGACAAAUGAGAAUCUUUAUAUGUUAAUAUUGUGUUUAUUCUAUGUUUUUUUUGUAUUAUUGUACAACUUUACAGGCCUGCAUUGUCUCGAAAAUGCAACGACUAUUUAA